AGGGUAAUUGAAAUGAAUAUCACAUGAGUGCAUUUUCCCCCCCCCCUCAACAGAUUUACAUUAAUUGAUGGCACCAAGACUUUUUUCAGGGGAGUGACUGCAAGCACGCCUACUCCGUCAGAAUGCAGGCUCUUAACUCAGGACCGUCAUACCUGCGGUGGAAACUCCUGGCGCUUCUGUUUGUUUUGACCGUGCUGAUGUCGAGGGGCCGCGCCUGCCCGAAAUCCUGCGCGUGCUACGUUCCCACCGAGGUUCACUGCACUUUCAGAUACCUGACCGCAAUACCACGCGAGAUCCAGCCGGUUGUGGAACGAAUUAACCUGGGAUACAACAGCCUUACAGUACUGAGAGAAAAUGACUUCAACGGCUUGGAACAUCUGGAACUGUUGAUGCUUCAUAGUAACACCAUAAGUAAUAUUGAAGACCGGGCUUUCGGUGACCUCAAGUCUUUGCAAGUGCUAAAGAUGAGCUACAACAAAGUGAAAGAAAUCAACAAAGAGACAUUCAGUGGUCUUCGCAGUUUGGUGCGGCUCCACAUUGACCACAAUCAAAUCGAGUUCAUCAACCCUGAGGCCUUCUACGGUCUGAGUAACCUGCAGCUGGUCCACCUCGAGGGCAACCUCCUGCAGCAGCUUCAUCCGGACACCUUCAUCACACUCCGUCACAGCCAGGUGUUCAAGCUGUCCUCCGUAAAGAGCAUCUACCUGUCCGACAACGCCCUCACCAGCCUACCAGCAGACCUGUUCGCAGGUUGUUACCAGCUAGAGAAUUUGUACCUUCAUGGAAACCCUUGGUCUUGUGACUGUCGCAUGGACUGGUUGAGUGAGUGGAUUGAAAAGAACCCUGGUGUGCUGAAAUGCAAACGAGACAAGAAGCACUCUCACAGACCAGUAUGUCCAGUGUGUGAAUCACCAGUUACCGCCCGAAGUAGAGGCCUGACUCAGCUAGCCCGUGAUGAGUUUGCCUGCACCAAGUCCUGGAUCGACCCAAGCCUAAAGCAGAAGAACAUCACUGUGGACGAGGAUGACUACACCCCGGUCUCUGCAAGGGACUUCAUCGCACCAAUUGGUAUGCUGCAAAUGAAUGUAACGGAUGAGGUCCACAAUGAUGCCACCUUAGCUUGUGUGGUUCAGAGGCCGUCUGGAGUAGAAAAUCUUAACCUGACGCAAACAGGGGAUGAAGAGGAUGUCACGGUGCUACGGGCAACCAUUACCACGUCACUGGUGUGUAACAUUGACUACGACCAGAUUCAGCAGCUGUGGCGUGUUUUGGCCAUGUACAGCAACAUGCCCAUGAGGCUGGAAAGGGGACUGCUGCUAACCAUGUCACCAGAGAUGAUCUACAAAUACAGACAAGUUCAAUUGCAAGAUGAGGAGAUUUACACUGAGGUUGAAGCAGAUAUCAAAGCCAAUCCGGCGUGGCUAAUGCAAGGCCAGAUUAACCUGCAGCUGGAUCGAACAACCACUACCUUCUCCACACUUCAUAUUAAGUACUCGUCUACUGUCCAGCUGCGUGUGGACAGCAGGAACCUCAGGAGAGACAGGUACAGUUGGACAAUGAUCAAACGGGACAAUCAGACAAAAACCGAGCAUGCUGUCAUAGUUGGUAGCACAGCUGAGCUCAACUGCCAAACGUUUGGAAACCCGAAACCCUCCAUGGAGUGGAUCUUGGUAGACGGCAGCAAGGUCAGGGCACCAUACCAAAGUGAAGACCGACGGAUUACAAUCAGUGAAUCAGGGAAGCUCACCCUGAGACCAGUGGAUAAUUCAGAUGCUGGGAUCUACCGAUGUAUCGCAACAAACUACUUGGAUGCUGAUGUGUUGAUCUUUCGGAUUACAGUUUUGUCUCCAGAUGUGGAGGAGGCAGAGGUUAAUGGGGUCCAACUGUCCCGCUCAGUGGGCCAAAGUCUGCUUCUGGACUGUGGAUCUGCUGGGAAUCCCAAAGCUUCUAUUCAGUGGAUACUUCCUGACCACUCAGUUUUGGACAAAUCAAAUGGGAAUAGGCAAGUCUACAAUAACGGCAGCUUGGGAAUACAGUCCCUGACCGAGAGGGACAGGGGAUUUUACAGAUGUUUGUCAUCAAAUUACCUCGGAGUUGAUUUGUUGACGUCCGAAGUGAGUUUUACUGAGGUUGGGACAAAGGAAGUAAAAAUAAUAGAUUCUGAGGGCUCAGGGAAUGGCGUUGAUUCAAAUCCUGAGGAGACUGAAACGACGCACAGUGGACUUGUUAUGUCUCGGACCAAUCAAGAAUCAAGGACCAUCACCUCAGACAGACCCUACCCCAGGUUAACACCCCCACACAGCAGGAGAGGUAGCAGGAGAGGUAACCCCUUAAGUAAUAGAAGAACAUGGGGAAGUAGACGGGUGUUUGACAAGGGAUCCCGUCGAGUCGAUCCCCAAAAAUUUGCAGAGUUUAUGAAGAAAGCCCAAUCGGGCCAGACAACAAACAAUGAGAUAGGAAAAACAAAUCAGGAAAGUGGAGACUCUAAGACAUAUUUAGGGCUCUCUGGAGAUGGGGAUAUGGGUUCAGGAGAGGGUUUGUCUGAGGAUCAAAUUGUAGUGAUGCCAAAUGGUGAGGUGACAGCCACAGACAUGCCAGAGACCAACCAGUACAGCAAAGUAAGAACCAAAGAAUUUUCAGAGAACAGCCGGGAUGGUCUCAUUACAUUCACUGACAAAUAUUUAGAUAAUUAUGAGAGUACUGUUAUGUCAACAACUGAAAUGUUAGACAAUAAUCAGAGGGGUGGUUUGAGUACUACUGAAACAAUAGACAACCACUGGAAUGGUGUCAUGACAACCACUGAAUUUUCAGAUGACUCUCAGGACACUGAAAUGACAACCAAUGAGAAUCCAGUUGACCCCAGUACCAGUGUCAUCACAACAACGGGGAAUACAGACAAAGUAACAACCGGAUCUUACUCCAGGUCCGAAGUCCUACCGAUAUUACUCCCAGCCCUCGGUGUCACCACCAGUAGUUAUGAAAUUCAAAGAGAUGAAACAACACCAUUUGAAAACAAACAUGCUUACACAAGAGGAUUCAGUGACAAUAUACCUUAUAUUUAUCAAGCAAAACCCAAAGACACAUUUAAGCGACCAGUAACACUUAAGCUCACAGUGACUGAGUCAACUGAUGAGAUGCAGCUAAUGUUUUCAGGUGAAUCACCUGAGUCAUCAACUGAGGGUAUGUCAACUGACAACCAGAACCCGAAUGUCACCCCAAUGAUGGAUUGGCCAGCCCCUAGACUAAAGCCAGUUGUGCACACAUCUACAGACCGGGACAGCAAGACUACAUUCACAGCCGUGACUACAACAGAACGAGAGGAAGAUGAGAUCACUUUUCACACAACUCAGAGGAUCAGGUCCCACCGCCUUCCGGCAGGAUCUACCAUCAUUUCUCGCCAGCAUAUACAAAUAAUACCUCCCAACAGAAGGCGGCCAGGAAAAAGACGCAACUUUCCCAACAGGCGAAGAAUAGUUCGACCAAACAAGAUCACAGACAUCCAGUCCUACCUCGAUAAACUCAAGAAGCCGUCAGUCUCACAAAAGGGGAAAGCCACGGUGCCGUAUUCAGUAGAGCUAACAACAGACUGUGAUGACACAAAAGGUGGGAACAACCUUACACUAUCACAUGCCAAAAAUACAGUAGAUGAGAGUAAAGCUAAAGUCCAGAGUUCUUCCCUUCGAAGAACAGAAAAGCCCAUCAAAACCAAUCCCUUCACAAGGUCUCCAGAACAUUAUCCCGACAGAGCAACACAAACAUUUACCUUCAGGCCCGCUACCACACACAUAAGAACUGAGGGCUCUAGUGGUUAUAUGACUUCUGCAGAUGCCCCUGACCUGGAACCAACACAAGAUCCAAUGGCAUAUCAACCAACAACCACAACAGCUUCUACAACCACAAAGUCUUCCAAGGUAAUCCGGGGUAAAAUACCCUGGCAUAGACUGUUUGGGAGCAGAGAGGGCCAAAAAGAACUCUUGAACAGGCUUCGUAAACCAGCCAAACCAUCCACCAAAACCACACAAAGCACAACUACAACAACAACAACAACAACUACAACAGCAGUUCCUACCACUACCGAACCUUACAUGGAAACAACUUUCCUUCCAACUGUGGACUCUCUUGUUGCACCAGUGACAGUAUCACCCCCCUUGUCUGAGACAGAUCUCGGGACAUCAGCACACGACUUUGAAGACUCUUUCACCACCCUGACUAAAGAAGAGUCAACCACUGUGACGCAGCCUCCCACCACACAGGAGACAACUACAACUGCUCCCACAUAUGACUCAACGUCUUCCUCAGCCACAGACUCUUCUUCCUCAGGUUUAGAGACUCUUGCUUUGCCACCAACAAUAAGGCCUAAAGAGGAUGUUGUUGAGUCGAGCUCCUCUGGUUCCGACUCUCUGGGUUCAGGAACAUGGACGUCCCGAAGGUUUAGGGGGCAAAACAGAAAAUUUGGUCCUCGACGAGGGCGUGUGAGAGGCCGAAGGCCCAUGAGGAAAACCACCACUAAAGCUCCGACCACAACAACAACAACAACAACAACAACAGAAGAGCCUACUACAACGACUGAACUGCCAGAAACUUCCACUUUCACGGAAACUACCACAUUUGCACCAAGGCCUGUAUCUAUGAGCCGUUCAGGCGGUGUGUCACGGCCACUGUACACACACUUCUGGGAGAAAGAGAUGUCCACUGUGUCCACCUCAUCUGGAACCACAGACUCAUAUGAUAUAGACUGGAGAGUCCCAUCAUAUUUUACCACCAGUCGCCCAAGAGAAUACACCACAUCAAGGCCCACUACAGCUUACCGAACUACUCCAUCAUCAAGGUUGUACGUAACCCCAAGGCCACGGAUACAGACCAGCAGAGAUAACAACAGAGUAAACAACAAUGUCAGAGUGCAUUCAGGCAGGUAUGACGACUCCCCAACACAAAGAACUCCAGUUAGACGAGUGAGGCCAACCAUGUCUGUCAUCACAGAGGGAUCUAAGAAGAAAACUGACACAGGAAGGACUUUAACCCACACAGGACAUGAGGACACAGUGACAGGUAUAACAAAAGAGCAGGAAUACACCGACAAGCCCAGUCUUUAUGACUAUGAUGGAACUGAUAACACCUACCACCAUGCCAAAGAGCAUGAUACAACCACCUCGGUUAUUACUGACACGGAGCCAUCCACUGCGGACAUGUCCAUGAAGCCGAGGAUUGUGGGGGGAAACGCUGCAAGCUUCACAGUGCUGUCGAACUCGGAUGCCGUCCUGCCCUGUGAGGCUGAGGGAAACCCAGAGCCCUCCAUCAGCUGGAGGCGGUUCUCCUCGAGCACAGGGAGCACACUGACCAUAAGAGGCAAGAUGGGUAAAUUUGAAGUUCUUCAAAAUGGAACUCUGUACAUUCAAGCCGCAAACAUCAAGGACCGUGGCCAGUACCUGUGUUUAGCUGAGAAUGACUAUGGCUCUGACAAGCUCAUCGUCACACUGUCUGUGGUGGCGUAUCCGUCACGCAUCCUCGAGCCAAAGGUUCGAGACAUCAAGGUGCAUCCUGGGAAUACAGUUGAGAUGAACUGCAAAACCGAAGGUCGGCCAACACCCCUGGUGUCAUGGAUCCUGGCCAAUCGGACGCAGGUUAGAGGCCAGAACACCGACCACGGCAGAGUGUCUGUCACACCGGAGGGGACGCUGAUAAUCCAGCAGGUCUCGUUGUACGACCGGGGCCACUACAAGUGCAUUGCCAGCAACCCAGCUGGGAUAGACACUGCCACGGUGCGCCUGCAAGUGGUUGCAGCGCCCCCUGACAUCCUGGAGGAGAAGCGACAGCAGCUCACAGUCCAUGCCGGGGAGAAUCUAUGGCUACCAUGUUCAGCACAGGGCAGCCCCCAGCCGACCGUUCACUGGGUCCUUUCCGACGGGACAGUUGUUCACCCGCAGCGCUACGUUGACCAUAGGGUGUCAGCGUUCGCCAACGGCACUCUCCACCUGAAAGGUGUAACGACCGCCGACAGUGGGAUUUUUGAGUGCAUUGCGACGAGCCCAACGGGGUCUGAGAGGCGAGUGGUCACCCUCACUGUGGAGAAAACAGAGGCUCUGCCCCAGAUCAUAGACGUGUCACAGAGAAGUACUGAGCUAGAGUUUGGGGACCGCCUUCAGCUGAACUGCACGGCUAUCGGAGACCCCAAGCCCAGGAUCAUCUGGAGGCUCCCCUCCAGAGCGGUGGUUGACCGGUGGCACAGGAUGGGCAGUCGGCUCCAGGUCCUUGAGAACGGCACUCUCAUCAUCGACUCGGUCAGUGAGAAGGACGCCGGAGAUUACCUCUGCGUCGCCCGCAGCAACAUCGGCGAUGACCUGCAGCUUCUGAAGGUCACAGUGUCCAUGAAGCCAGCAAAGAUUGAGACCAAGACCUACGGCAAGAAACAAGUGCCAUUUGGCAACGACCUGCAAGUGGACUGCAAGGCCUCUGGUGCCCCCAUUCCGGAGAUCUCAUGGGGCCUCCCUGAUGGUACUGUGGUGAACAGUGCCUUGCAAGCAGAUGGAACCAGAAGAGGGCGCUCCAAGCGUUACAUCCUGUUCGACAACGGGACGCUGUACCUGAACAAAGUUGGCAUGGAUGAGGAAGGUGACUACACCUGUUACGCAGAGAACACUGGAGGCAAAGACGAGAUGCACGUGCACAUCACCGUGGUGAUGGCUGCGCCUCGUAUACACACUCCCAGCCUGACCUAUGCCAGAGUGACACCUGGUGGCAACAUCCGCUUCGACUGUGAGGCUGUCGGUGAACCCAAGCCAAAGAUUAUAUGGAUGCUUCCUUCAAAUGACAUGAUCGCUGCUUCAAACGAACGUUAUCUGAUGCACGUGAACGGGUCCCUCGAUAUCCGUGAUGUGAAGCUGGUGGAUGCGGGAGAAUAUGUCUGCAUGGCACGAAAUACUGCAGGGGAUGACAGCAAGGUCUACAAGCUCGACAUUGACGGAAAUCCACCUGUGAUAAAUGGAUACUAUCAAAAUAGGACUGUGAUCAAAGAAACAGCAGCAAAAUACUCUAGGAAGUUCAUUGAUUGUAAAGUGGUCGGGAACCCACCACCAAAGAUAACAUGGAUUAUGCCCGAUAACAUUUUUCUCACUGCUCCAUACUAUGGCAGUAGGAUUAAUGUCCACCACAAUGGCACACUGGAAAUCCGUAAUGUACGACCAACAGAUACAGGCGAAUUCAUAUGUAUGGCGCGCAACGACGAUGGGGAAGCCGUCAUGGUGGUCCAGUUGGAGGUCACCACAAUGAUGCGAAGGCCCAUCUUCAAGAACCCUUUCAAUGAGCGAGUGGUGACCCGCAUGGGCAAAACCACCCUGCUGAACUGUUCCGCCGACGGUCACCCACGACCUGACAUAACUUGGAUGCUACCCAACGGGACCCGUAUGUCCGGGGAGUCCGAUAGGGGAUCGCAACACCACCUGAGCACCGACGGCACCUUCAUCAUCUACAACCCGAGCAAGGCAGACGCCGGGAAGUACCGCUGUGCCGCGAAAAACAGCAUGGGAUACAUCGAGAAGCUCAUUGUCCUCGAGGUGGGCCAGAAGCCGUACAUCCUGACCCGGCCUCGGGGGAUCAUACGGAGCGUGGCGGGGGACUCGCUGUACUUGCACUGCCUGGCCGACGGCAGCCCGCGACCCAGCAUCUUCUGGACGCUCCCGGGAGGCCACGUCUUGUCUCACCCGCAGUCGACCGGCCGAUACCACCUGAUGGAGAAUGGCACGCUGUCGAUCCGAGACACGGUGCUCCACGACCGUGGGAAUUAUCUUUGCCGAGCAAGGAAUUCCGUAGGUGAGGCCCUGCUCACGGUCCCCGUGGUGAUUGUCGCCUUCCCACCCCGGAUCACAAACGGCGCCCCUUCAACCAUAAGGGCCGUGACGGGGGUUCCGUUGAAGCUCAACUGUAUUGCAACGGGACUUCCUACUCCCGAGAUCACCUGGGAGCUUCCUGACAGGUCGGUGCUCUCAACAGCGGCAAAGGGACGACCAUCAGGAAGUGAGCUGCUUCACCCGCAGGGAACCCUCGUUAUCCAGAAGCCCACCAAUGUAGACUCGGGCGCCUACAAGUGCUUUGCCAAGAACCACCUUGGCACAGACACCCGAGUCACAUAUGUCAGGGUUAUAUGAGACUGGUUGUAGUGGAGGAGAGUACAAUGGAACGAAAGACUUUCGACUGCUCAGCCCUGCCCCAAUUGGCUUGCAUCAGCAUUUAUCUGCAAGGACUGUUUCCAACGGCAACUUAUGUGGAAUAUAUACUUGUUACAGCAGUGAAGCAUGUAACAGGAAGUCCUUUGUUGAGACUGGUGAAGCCAGGAACCGAUGGAUUGCCCUAUGUUGAGGAGCGGUUCCUUGGCAGAGCAUGCAGUAAUUGUGAGGUGUUAUUUUUAUCAUAAUGAUUCAGAGGUCUGGAAACUCAUUUGUGGCUUCUGGUUUAUUCUUUGAGAACAAUGCAUGAGUCAGCCUUACAGCAAAAGCUACACACUCGCACACACACACACACAAACACACACACACACACACACACACACACACACACACACACACACACAUACACAAACACUCACAUAGAAGGUUUGACCUGAGCUCGGCUAUGGACAAGGAUAUUAUUACAACCUCGAUGGAGAAGGAGAGAGAACCCCAGGGAAUUUUCUCCCGAGGCUUUGGUCUACGUUCACAGCCGUCAAACAGUGGCAGAGGGAUGGAAUCUCCAGUACUGACUGAAAAAGAGGCGGAGAGUCAGAAAACGGAUCGCCUGUGAUCUCUAUGCAUACUUCCAGUUCUCACGUGAGGCCAAUCGGCUCCUGUGGACAUUAUUAUUCAGACAGUAUACAUAUUCUGCAGUUUUAACACUGGAUUGAUAUAUUUUAUUACCAGGAUACCCACAUUUGCACCAACAUAAGUUGGCGUAUAAAGCGUUAUGUAAAUGGAUAAGGCUUGUCUGAAACCAUACAGUACUGGGUCUGAUGUUAAAAGUAUUUAAAUGAUUUGACUGCUUUCAUUUAAAUGUGCAGAGUCAAAGUCCAUUUUUACAUUUAUAUUAUCCCUUCCUCAGAAUACAUGAACACAGUUUUACUUUGUAAGUAAUAAUAUGUUAGUGUCAUGGAAAUAUAACACAGUCUAAUAGCAAUAAAUAUUGUUUUGAGGGUAAUUGCACAGAGCCAUUUUGUGGUAUCCCAGGAUUAAACCAAAAUACUGGAAUGUUCUUCUUAUGUUCUACAUUUCAAUUUAUAAGAAUCUCAACUAAAACACUGAGGGAUUGGACUCACUACUUUGGGGUUUACAUGAAGGUAUGAAAAAAGCAGAGACUACUUUCAGAAACAAAAUCUGUCAUACAUUGAAGUGUUUUUAAGUGACACUGUUUAAGAGCAGGAGG